AUGCAUAACGGGUCGAUCGCGCAUUUUGACAAGAUUAAGCGCGAAGUUUUGUUGGCUAUCUCAGACGAGGCGCUGCAACAAGUCAAAGGGACGACAGACUCGGAGCAUUUCGCCGCGCUGUUCUUUACAUACCUGGACAAGAAUCGACGGGGAAGGGCGUGGAUGACUUCCCAGCCACUCAGCGACGCGAAAUGUGCGUUUGAGGGAGCAAUCACUAGGAUACUUGAGAUCCAAAACCAAGUGAUGGGCCGGGCUGGUGCGCAGGUCGAAGCGUCGAGCUUGAACUGCGUCGUCACGGACGGCACACAGCUUCUAGCCAUUCGAUUUCGCAAUCAUUCGACAGAGCAUCCGCCCUCACUGUAUUUAUCCACGCGAGCUGGCGCUACACUCAAUCGAAAGUAUCCUGGGCACCCUAAUCAUGUAGAGGAAAGUGGGCAGGGUGACUUAGGAGAUGAGAGCGAGCAUGGAGAGCAUGUUAUUGUGGCCAGUGAGCCGACGACAUACAAGGAGAAAGAGUGGGAGCUCAUUGGGAAGAAUGAAUGCGUUAUGGUUGGUGUCAACAUGGUACUUUCACAAGUCUCGCUUGAUAUUCCACUUUAA